CCUUCGCCCUCUCGCUCUCGUGUCCCGCGGCGUCAUCGCCGCUCAUCCAUCCGUCCGGCUAGACUCUCGCCCGUCUGGCUCCUGCGACGGUGAUUAGAGUCUGGUCCCUCGCACUCGUAAUGCAUCGGCGACGGACCUGGCGACGCCGCGGAUCCGGCGGCGGCUACGGCCGUAAAGGUGGCAUCCUCGGCCUCUUCCUGUCCCGGUGGGCCGCCCGCAUGGGCUCCGGCGUCGCGACGCUCCUCUCCAGGCCGCUCGCUGGUCAGAGCUCCGUCACCGUCUCGCUGAGGUGCUCGCUCAGUAGCCUCGCGUAGCCCAUCUCCUCCUGCACGUCAAGCACCUAGACAUCUCCGACCUCGAGUCCGACAGCGGCUCCGGGUUCCCGCCUGCCGUCGAAACCUUCCGCGCCAAGGUCCGCCAGCCAAUGGAGAUCAAGUACAUAACAUUAGAUGAUGGGAGGAAACUCUGCUUGGAAUGUCUCAAUUCUACAAUAAUGGAUACUCCAGAAUGCCAACACCUUUACAUGGAUAUUCAGGAAUUUUUUGAAGGUUUGAACAUGAAAGUAGAACAGCAAGUUCCAUUACUUUUAGUUGAGAGGCAGGCUCUGAAUGAAGCAAUGGAAGCUGAGAAAAAUGGACAUCACCUUCCUGAAACCAGAGGCUGUCUUUCUGAGGAGCAAAUUGUCAGAGCGAUCUUAAAAAGACCACUGAUUGGGCCAGGAAACAGAAUCAUCGAUAUGAUUACAGGACCAUACAAGCUGUCUCAGCCGUGUGAAGUGACUGCAAUCCUCAUAUUAUACGGCUUACCAAGAUUGCAAACUGGUUCCAUUCUUGCCCACGAGAUGAUGCAUGCAUAUCUUCGUCUUAAAGGAUACCGAAAUCUUAGUCCUGAGGUUGAAGAAGGCAUUUGUCAAGUUCUGUCCCACAUGUGGCUAGAGUCAGAAAUUAUCGCUGGUUCUAGCGGCAACGCCGCAUCUAGCUCAGCAGCAUCGUCGUCCUCGUCUUCAACUCCUACCUCUUCGAAGAAGGGCGCAAAGACUGAAUUCGAGAAGAAGCUUGGGGCAUUCAUCAAGCACCAGAUUGAAACAGAUUCUUCUGAGGCAUAUGGAGAUGGCUUCAGAGCUGGCAAUCGGGCUGUGGAGCGCUAUGGCUUGAGACGCACCCUUGAUCAUAUUAAGAGGACAGGGUCUUUCCCGUAUUGAAGUAACUGAAGCAAAGAAGGGGGUCCUUUGUGAGGACGGCUGCAUAUUCUGGAGAUCCUUUUUGGUUUAAAUUAGACAUACAAACACAGACACCGCAAGAGAGAAAUAGACUGUAAAUUAAGAGAAAGGAACCAAAGAACAUUCACCGGUGUGAAAACUUGUAAAAUGUUUUCUUAUUCGGGAAAUAAUGCAUUAAGUCUUCAGAUACACACCAUAGGAGAGAAGUAAUACAUGCAAAUGUUCUGAAGAUCUUUUUGGUUUAAAUUAGACAUAUACACA